UGCGGUGCAUUUUUAUAACAAAUAUUUAGAAACGUUCGCGAACGCUGUAACAUUUGUUGCUAUUAGUGAUUAACACAUAGUGUCAUUCGCCAAAAGAUCAAUGUGCUUUGACAAGGACAUUUAGAUUAUAAAUAAUCACUAAAUAUACACAAUGCCACGUCACAAUCGUCACAAGAAAGCCCCUUUCAUUGGGGAAGAUACUAGAAUUGCUGUAAAUUUAACAUUAAAAAAGUUAAUGGACUCUCCGCAUCAAAAAGAAUUGGAGUUUCCAUCGUCGUAUACAUCAGAUGAGAGAGCAUACAUUCAUUUACUUGCGUACGAACUUGGAUUAAAAUCCAAAAGCAGAGGCAAAGGUACAAAUCGUUUUUUAACGGUGUACAAGAGAGAGGGAUCAUCCAUAGUCCAAGCUGAUGCUCUAAUAAAAUUGCCAACGUCAUUGAGACAGAGUAUUUUAAGCUUAAUACAAAGUUUUCCAUUAAGUUUUAAAGAAUGCCAUGAUUUAUUACCGCCGCUUGAACGAGAACGUCAUCUUAAUACAGAUGUUUCGGUGAAUACAAAUACCAAAGCAAUGGGGCGAUUAAACAACAGUGUGCCACAAAUACCACAAUUGAAAACUAAUUACGAUGUAUUAAAUUUUCGUAAAUCGCUACCAAUUUUUAACGUCAGAGACGAGAUUCUUAAUGCUUUAAAUGCCAAUCAAGUGGUCAUAAUAGGUGGUGAAACAGGUAGCGGUAAAACGACCCAGGUGCCUCAGUUUAUUCUGGAGCACUGUCAACAGAGGCUUCAACCUUGUAGAAUUAUCUGCACUCAACCAAGAAGACUGUCCGCCGUAUCUGUAGCUGAAAGAGUAGCGUUUGAAAGAGAUGAAAAAAUUGGCCAAACAUUUGGUUAUCAAAUAAGACUCGAGAGCAGAGUUGCCCCAAAAACUCUUUUAACGUACUGUACAAACGGUGUAUUGCUUAGAACUCUUAUGGCGGGUGAUUCUGCUUUGAGUACUGUUACACACGUUAUAGUAGAUGAGAUUCAUGAACGCGAUAGAUUCUGCGAUUUUCUUUUGAUAGCACUGAAGGAUGCGUUAUUGAAAAACAGAUCUUUGAAGCUUGUACUUAUGAGCGCUACGUUGGAUGUGAACAUUUUUGUAAAAUAUUUUAACAAAUGCGCGGUUAUCAAUGUCUUGGGUAGAUCAUUCGACGUGGAUACAUAUUUUCUAGAAGAAGUUCUAAAAAUAACUGGUUAUACGACAAAAGAAAUGCUUUUAAAGAAAAAAGAGUUACUGAAUAAAAAGGAUCAACGAAAAAUUUUAGAAAGUUGGACGCAAUACAAGCCUCAACAAUCAGGAUCGAACAGUACGACCGAAAGAUGUUUAUUACCUGCUCCGAUUUUAGCCCAGCAAAGCGAACCUAUUCCAGAAGUAGUGAAAUUGAAACCCUGGCUAUUAGAAGAAAUGGAUUUAAGUAUUCGCAAAGCAUGGUUAUGCGGUGGCGAAGAUAAUUUCGUGCAACUUCUAUAUUUCAUUCUUUCUGAGAAUGUUUCUGUAGACUAUCAACAUUCCGCAACGCAUGUAACGCCGCUUAUGGUGGCUGCGGGUAGAGGAUGCAUAAACACUACGGAGCAGCUAUUGAAUCUGGGCGCCAAUUUAAAUUUACGCGCAGGCAACGAGUGGACUGCCUUAGAUUGGGCGAAAAACAUGAAUCAAACUGAAUGUGCAGAAUUGAUAGAAGCAUGUAUGAAAAUUUACGAUUGCGCAUUGCAAGAUGACGCGAUAACAUAUGCUAAAGAUGUUCCACUUUCGGAAGAGGAUAAGCUUUUAUUGGAUGUAUAUAAUCAUACAUUCAACGACGAGAACAUCAAUUUCGAUCUUCUGUUACGAUUAAUUAUACACGUUCAUUUGAAAAUGCCUUCCGGUUCUCUUUUGAUAUUUUUACCAGGAUACGACGAUAUCGUGACUAUGAGGGAAAAAAUUAAUAACGAAGCAAAAGAAAUGAAUCAAGGUUUACGGUAUACUUUAUACGUGCUACAUUCGAACAUGCAAACAUGCGACCAAAAGAAAGUAUUCAAACCAAGCCAGCAGGGAACUCGUAAAAUUAUUCUAUCGACGAACAUCGCUGAAACGAGUAUUACGAUCGACGAUGUUGUUUACGUUAUCGAUUCGGGAAAAGUGAAAGAAAAGUCUUUCGACGCUAUAUCGGGAGUGUGCACGCUCAAAUCCAAGUGGAUUUCCCAAGCUUGUGCAAAACAGCGUAAGGGCAGAGCAGGAAGGUGUAGAAAAGGCAUUUGCUACCGCAUGUUCUCUUCGAUUCGAUAUAACAGUAUGCGGCCCUAUCAAACUCCCGAAAUUUUAAGGUUACCACUGCAAGAAUUGUGUUUGUACACAAAACAUUUAGCUCCCGGGAACACACCGAUCGCAGAAUUUUUAGAGCGAGCACUAGAGCCUCCCUCCAAUAUAGUAACAAGAAAUGCAGUUCAGUUGCUAAAAACUAUCGAUGCGUUAGACCCGUGGGAAGAUCUCACCGAAUUAGGAAGUCAUUUACUUGAUUUACCAGUUGAACCACGACUAGGGAAAAUGUUACUGUAUGCUGUUGUUCUGAAAUGCUUAGAUCCAGUCUUGACUAUUGUGUGCAGUUUAGCGUAUAAGGACCCCUUUGUUUUGCCUUCGCAACCAUCACAGAAACGAGCCGCAACUGCAGCUCGUAAGAGGUUCGCGACCAAUACGUAUUCCGAUCAUAUGGCGGUGUUGCGUGCUUUCCAAGGUUGGCAAAAUGCACGUGCGAGCGGCAAAGAACGUACAUUUUGCGAGCAAAAUUUUAUAUCUGCUGCUGUAAUGGAGAUGGUAGUUGGAAUGCGUACUCAACUUCUCGGCCAGCUUCGUGCAUCUGGAUUUGUUAGGGCUAGGGGGCCGGGAGAUAUCAGAGAUUUAAAUUCAAAUUCCGAAAAUUGGGCAGUGGUAAAAGCAGCUUUGACUGCUGGUUUAUAUCCAAAUCUAAUAAGAGUGGAUAGAGAACACUUGCAAUUGAGAACACAAAAAGAAGUGAAGGUAUUUUUCCAUCCAUCGUCAACAUUAAGAGAUUAUCCAAAGUCACCACGAAUGACGUCUGCACAGACACACGCAGCCAAUAUAGAAACUAUACCUUGCGAUUGGUUAGUUUAUGAAGAAAUGAGUCGUACAGGACGUUUUUGUCAUGUUAAAAUGGUUACUUUAGUUAAUCCACUAACAGUAGCGUUGUUCUGUGGUCCAGCAAGACUAUCUAUAGAUGUAAUUAGCGAAGCUGAAUCUGUACCGGAAAGUGAUUCAGAUUCCGAAGUCGAUGAAACUAACGAAGGGACAAUUUUCAAACUUGAUGAUUGGAUAGUAUUUAAACUUGCUCCUGAAACUUCCAGUUACUUUGUACAUUUAAGACAGAAAUGGAAUGCCUUAUUCUUAAGGCGUAUGAAAACACCGAACAAAGCAAUGUCGCAGCUAGACGAAAAAGUAGUGAGCACUGUAGUGAGUGUAAUUACAAACGAGGAACAAUCAUGUGGAUUACAGCAACCAUCUGGUAUUGGCCAAAGACCACGUCCAUUAAUUGUUGAUUAUUACCCUGCCAAUACUAGAAGAUCCGACGACUUCGCAGAGAGAAAUUUUUAAAUUCGGAUAACAGAAGAAUAUUUUAUUAUGUAUAAUCUAUAAGAAACAUUUUAUUCUCUUGAUUCGUAUGUGUAACUCAUUGCGAAGUCGCAAUGAUACUUCAAUAUUUACAUAAACUUUAUGAAAGUUGAAUAGAUUGCAUUUUAAAUAGACAGGGUAAAAGAAACGAAAUGCCGCCAAUUGCAGGAUACCCGUAAUUAUACUCAGAUGUUUACGUAGUAUCAAAAGAAGCUUCAAAGUUAAUAAAUGUUCCCUUUGCUUGAAAAAUUUAAAAAAUAAUGGUAUGUUUAGUCGUACUUUGUAUCUCUUAUACAUAUCACUUGUUUUUUACAUGCUAAUUCUGACUGUUUUAAAUUACUAUCAAGCACACAACAGUUUCUUUAUAAGAUUUUAUAAAACUAUUUACAUGCACGAAUUAAAUAUGUUACACAGUGUUGAUGAAUAAUGACAAUUAAUAUUAGAUACACAUAUACAUAACUCCUUGGCUUAUUAUAACAUUUAAUUUGUUGUAAAGGUGCUCCUUUUUGUAAUUGCUUUAUAUUUCUACUUUACUGCCUAAAUAGUGUAGAAUGAGCAACAUGUAGGAAUCAAAGUAGAUCUUUGUACCUUUUAAAACAUGUGAUAUACUGUAUAGAUAUUAAUCUUAAGUAAUUAAUUUACAUUUUAUACUGUGCAUAAAGUACUUAAUGCUAUAAUUUACUAUACAGAAUAAUCACGUUUAAGAAAAAUAAUAAUUUGCAAGGAAGCAGAUAACUUAAUGUCAAACAAAACAAUGAACCCAUAGUUCAUUAACUAAUUAAUUAUAAUUUUUAU